GCGGGGCGGCCGGUGGCGCUCGCGCUGCGGCCCGGCUGCGGCAGCGGAGCGAGGCCCGGUCCGUCCCGGUUCGGUUCGUUCCGUCCCGUUCCGUUCCGUUCCGGUUCUGUCCGGCCCGGCCCCUCCUCAGCCUCCCGCCAUGGCGCUGCUGCGGGCGGCCGCGCUGCCCGCUGAGGGGUCUCCGGCCUGGCUGCCCACCCACGUCCAGGUGACGGUGGUGCGGGCCCGCGGGCUGCGGUGCAAGGGCGGCGGCAAACCGGGCACCAGCGACGCCUACACCAUCAUCCAGCUGGGCCGCGAGAAGUACAGCACCUCGGUGGCCGAGAAGAGCACCGGCAGCCCCGAGUGGCGGGAGGAGUGCGCCUUCGAGCUGCCCCCCGAGCUGAACCCCCCGGCAGGCCCGGCCCGCGGCGGGCUGCUGCUCACCGUGAUGCACCGGGCGCUGGUGGGCAUGGACCGGUUCCUGGGCCAGGCCCUGGUGCCGCUGGAGCCCGCCCUGCAGCAGGGCCGCACGCCCCACGAGCGGUGGUACAAGCUACACUCCAAGGCUGGGAAGAAGGAGAAGGAGCGUGGCGAGAUCCUGGUGAGCAUCCAAUUUACACGCAACAACCUCACGGCCAGCAUGUUCGACCUGUCCAUGAAGGACAAACCGCGGUCGCCCUUUGGCAAGCUGAAGGACAAGGUGAAAGGCAAGAAGAAAUACGACUUGGAGUCGGCCUCUGCCAUCAUCCCCAGCAGCAUGGGCGCCCUCGACAUGGAGGAGGACUACGACACUGGGGGCAAGAAGUCCAAAGUCAAGGGCUUCUUCUUGAAGAACAAGCUGCGCAAGUCGUCCCUGACGCAAUCCAACACCUCCCUGGGAUCUGACAGUACCAUCUCUUCCGCCAGCCUGGGCUUGGCCACAAAUGUUCCUGAGGUAACCAAAUCCCCGAGCAGACACAGCAGUCUGUCCACAGAGCGCUCUGUGAAAGACUACUUGCCAUCUCCAAAGCUGACCCACAAGAGAGCAUUCAGUGACGAUGUCUCCCAGGUCAGCCCGGUCCUGGAGCCCAAAGCAAUCCAAAGCCUGAAGCCAAAGAACGAUCCCGUGUCCCGGUCUUCCCUCUGCAUCAACGGGAGCCACGUUUACAGCGAUGAGCCUGCACCAAAGAGCCCGGCGCCUGUCCCGCAGAGCUCUGCACCGCUGUCCAUGCCCAGUGUCCCCAGACGGUCGGAGGAAGGCUUCAGCUUCACCCCCCUCCAUCCCGACUCCCACGAGGUGCCUUGGGGGGUCAGCAACUUUGAGAGGACGCAGCAGAGAGACGAGCCCAGGUUCAUCCCGUCUCCUCCCAGCUUAGCCUUGCAGGAAGAGCUCAAGGUCUCCACGAAAGCCGUCACUCUCAGUAAUCAUCUGGGCAGAGCCAAGAUGGAAGAAAACAGUCGCUUAGAGAACAAGCCGACUCAAGCUGCAGCACCCAUGGUCUUCUCCACAGAGACGACGAAGGACAAACAACCUGAGGAAACGAGGAAGGAAGACAAGAAAGCGAAGGGCGGCCUCUUCCACCAUGGGGGCAACAAGAGCGACGCGGGGAGCAAAGGCCAGGGGGAGAAAGUGGGGCCCUCCCACGGCUCGUCCAUCCACGCAGCGGCGGGGGGAGACGAGAGGAAUAAACCCAGCGGCUGGUUCGGUUCAAAGGAGCCCAAAGAGUCCCCUCAGAAACCCAGUUUCCCGUCUGGGCCGCAUGCUUCAACAGAGGUCGCUGGGAACUUUUAUUCCUCUGAGGAUUGCAGUCCCUCUGCCUCCCUAAGACCUAAAGACCCAGAGGGGGAGUCUCCAGCCAAAAGCGUUUGCGUCCCCGUUCCAGAAACUACUCCCCCAUCACAAGGAGACCUUCCUCCUCCGGAUGAGAAACCCGCCGUCCCUCCUCCCCUCACGGAGUGGGACGAUACCUUCGAUGCCUUUGCGACCAGCAGGCUCAAACCAGAACUGAAGAAGGAAAACUUCUUCGCUUCGGUGGCGGCGGAGGGCAUGGCUUUCAUCGACGAUCCCGAUGCGGCCAGCCCGACGGAAAGAUCAGGCGAGGCGGCUCGCGAGAAGGGGACAAAGGUAUUUGAAAAGGCCGAUUCGCAAACCGGCGGUGAAAUGCCCACAGCUCUACGGUCUUGGACAAAUUUCUCUGGUUUAGACGUGGGGGCGAACUUGGUGAGCACAACCCAGGAAGCGACCGUGAUAGAGGAUGUACUGAGCCCGGUGUCUGCGGGGUCGAUGGGAAGGAGGAGGAAAAGCAGCACGCCUACGGUUUGGACAGCCGCGUUUGCAUCGGGAAAUCCAGGGGAAAAAGAGGCUUCGACACCACCAAGUGCCGAAAAUAGCGCUAGGGAGGGAGGGGACGGUAACGAGGAGGAACCUUCUAGCGCAGGGACAAAUGGGUGGAUGACCAUAGCCACCGAAACCGCUCCUGACCUGACAGAGAGCACCCAGAGCGUGGCUGAGCAGGAGCGCGUGGGUCAGGAGAGCACGUUGGGCCGGCGGCCGGCCUUCCUCAGCCAAGGCCCCUUCGGAGCAAAAAGCGGCCCUCGCGCCGCCGCUUGCGUGUCGCCCUUGAGCAGCACCUUCGCCCCCGACACCCUGCCAGGCAGCAACGUGGCAGCCGUGCCCCCGCGGGCGCUGGCAGAUGGGGCAGCUCGACUGUUCCCCGUGACCCCCGAGCCGGGGACGGAACCUCAGGGCGCCGGUAGCGAGGACGAAACGUUCGACGUACGGACUUCGGUCUACCGGCUCCGGGCUAGCAUGCGGCUGGAGGCCAGCGAAAGCGGCGUGAAACUCAGCUCCGACGUUCGCGAGAGGCACGUCGUCCUCUCUCCGUGGACGGGCACCCGAGAGAGGGAGGAGACGGUGGGCGGCUUGGCCCCGCCGCCCCCUCCCAAACCUCCGAGGUGGUUCGCAGCCGCGGGCGGCGGAGGGGACGGCGAGGAGGAGGAGGAGGAGGAGGAGGAUGCUCGCGACCUGCAGCCCAGGCAGCGAGGCAGCGAGGAGCGAGGGGAAGGCGCGGAGGGCGCGAAGGAGGACGGGGAGCUGCCAGGGAGCCGUCUGAGCAGCCAGCCCUCUGUCCCGGCGUCUCCCAGCCCGCCCACACUGGGAGUGGAUGCAGCUGAAGCCGGGAGCGGGUUCCCCGUCUCCGAGGACGCUGAAUCUGCCGCUGCGGGCUCGGCAGCUGAUUUGGAGGCGAGAGCCAGCGAGCUGGCAAAAGGAAACACCUCUCUGGGGGAAGACCGGUCGGAGAUGAAUGAGAUGGAUGCAGCUGAGCAGUUUGAGAUUUGCCAAGCCAAGUUGUCCGUAGAUGGAUUAGGCCAGUCGGGUGCUGAGGAGAGCUGGAGCCAGCCAGGUUUAUCUCCUCUGAUGGGGGCCGCAGACGGUGCCAACUGGGAGGUGGCCUCCAAACAGGAGCCAUUCCCUGAGGAGCUCAGUACGUCAGGACUAAAUCCACCUUCCAAGCUAGACCUGGCCCAGGCGGAAAUCUUCUGGACGGCUCUGGAAGAGCAGGAGGAAGCCGGUCACGCCGCGGGUCUCGGCCUGAUGGCGCGACCCCAAAGGUUAGCGUGUGGGGAGAGUCCAUCCCAGCCGGAGCCGGUGUGGGGUGAUGGUGAGGGGCAGCACGGGCCAGCGGCCGGCCCCGCUGGGCUAGCAGGAGGCCAGCCUGAGCCUGGCACCCCCGUGGCAGUGGCCGGCUUUACCCGGGAGGCUGAGCAGGGCAGAUCCCCCGCCAGCGAGCCCGAGGGGCCGCGGCGCCGAUGCUCGGCAGACAGCAGGAUAGACUUCAAGAGAGCUGAUUUCUGGAAGCCAGAUAGGGCGGAGGAGAGGGAUGAGCAGGACGCUUCAGCCCCGAGAAAUCCCUUUGCUCCGGCACUCAGCCCGAGUGCCCCAAACAACCCCUUUGUGGAGAAGCCACCAGAGCCCCUCCCUGUUCAAGCUGUGCUGCCCGAAAAGCUUGGCCAGGGAAGCUUCAGCUUCACCAGCCUCCACGAGGAAGCCCUUGGGCAAGGCUUCCAACCCACUAACCUCCCCGGAAACCCGCUAGGCGAGCCUCCUUUCCUGCAUGACAGCCAGCCCUUGGCCUUCUCCACCCCUUUCCUCGUGGCUGCAACUAACCCUAAACAGUUUGAUUUCCCUUCCCCUGUCGCGUGCCCCACGAGCAGCGGGGUCCCUGCCGCGACCAGCCGCGCAGCCGCCCAGCCCUGCCCUUUGCCGCAGUCCGGUGACACGCAAGCUUCAGCGCUCGUGGUUUUGCCCAGGGAGACACAGCCAGCUGAGAAGCCCUUUUUCCAGCAGACAACCAGUCCUCACCCAGUGAAACCCAUCAGCGCUGCAGUGCAGGAGGUCUCCGGUGAGAAGAAGCAGCAGCACAGGUCCAGCCUGACGACUGCUCUGAGCAACGGCCUGGAGAAGCUGAAGACAGUCACCACGAGCAGCGUCCAGCCUGUGGCCCCGUCCUCUCACCCGGAGAAAACGGACUCGAAGAAGUUAAAGGAUCCCACUGUACAGGACCAGUCAGCCAAAUAUUAUCACUUGACCCACGAUGAACUCAUCCAGCUCCUGCUGCAGAGAGAGAAGGAGCUGAGCAAGAAGGAGGAACACAUCCAUGAACUGGAAAACUACAUCGACCAACUGCUGGUGCGCAUCAUGGAAGAGUCUCCCACGCUCCUCCAGAUCCCGCUGGGGGAAACCAACACCAAAUAACCUCUCCCCAGAGACCAGCAUCACUUGCGUAGAGCACUCCUCCAGCAAAAACACGCUGCAAACAUCCCUGCACUCCCCCCCAACCUCUUACAAGAAGAUCUCCAGCGGCUUCUGUUCACAGAGUUUAGCAGGAAAGGUUAUCUGCUCCUUCCCAGCCCAAGCUUAUCCCAGCUCUGGCUCCGGGGAACUUUAGGGUGAUGGGCUGCUCUCCACCCUAUGGGGAGGAGCAGAGCCCUCCACGGGAGGCAGAUGCCUCCGUGGGUUCCUGUUGUUGUGACCGAGUGGCAUCUCCUCAGGCACUCAUCCUGCCCACGCUUUAAGUGGUCCGUGGACAUCUGAGAGCUGGAAACCAACCACUUCCCCCUGCGACCGCCGCUCUUCUGCCCACGCUCUGCCACGUCUUUUUUUCUCCGAAGUGGUGUACCCUGCCUGGUGGAUGGUGUUUAACUGGUUGAUGAUAUCAGGGAUGCUUAAACUCCGUUAGGCUCUACCAGCACGUUACUGUCCGUUGAGCCUGCUCGGAGGGCAGCCAGGGGAAGGGGCUGCUGUUGGAUGCCUCUUUCCCUUCCUGCCCCACAUGUUGUACCCCCAAACGAAGGGCCUCCGUCUGAAGAGCCAGCUCCAAGUUGUGCCCAGUCCCUGACGGCGUGGGAGACGCUACCCAAAGCGACAGCGCUGGGGUUGGAGGCCAAAAAGGUCUCAAGCCGACCUGGCUGCGCGCGGUGCCCGAUGCCUUCGCUGCCUGCUUGCGGAGUCGUGGUGCUGCCUCGGUUACCCAGCUCAAAACGGAGCUCGCCGUGCAGGAGAAGGGCCAGUGAUGGAUUCGUGCACCGUCGGGACUGCAGGAGAUCUUCUCGCACGCCUCCCAACCCAUCACCGGGCUGGCCGGCGCCGCUGUGCCCUCGGGGGGGGGGACUCCUGGAUCUAUAAACCGCAGCUGAAUUUUCUCCUCAGCAUUACACCCCUCCUUUCCCCCGCGCCCACGGGGAUUGCUUUCCGCUGGCGGCUUCUCCCCCCACCGCUGACUUCUCCCCCCACCGUUGACUUUGCAUCUUUCUCCACGCAACAGGAAAACACCGUCGGGACCGCAAGCUCGUGGGUCUGACUCGUGGGCCACCUCUAUGCAUGACAUCCCGCUAGCUCAGGCACCCCCCUCAAACGCUCUCUGCCAAAGCUACCGAUCCAAGAAUCGCCGCAGACCCCCGUCGCGCCGGUAUUGGUACCAAACCCCGCUCGAAUUACCGCAUCUACACGCCAGCGCCAGGUCUCUGGCAGCCUGGGCUCACCCUGAGGUGCUGUAGGCCACCUCUCUUGGGAGCCGAGUGCUUCUCGCUGUUGAGUGACCACCCAGAGGCCUCCGAUUUACGUGGUUGAACAACCGUCGAGGACGGUGGCCUGAGGCCACUGAUUUGGAGAUGCUGUAAAAAGUUAGAGAAAGGUUGUUGCUCCCUCUCUCCUUCCGCUAGGAUUUUGGUUAGAGGAGGUGCCUGUGCGGGCGGAGGGGUCGGUUGGCACGGGAUUUGAGCUGUCUUCACAUGUAAGGCAUCUUCUCUCUCUCCUGUAGAUCUCCCAGAGUUACUGGAUUCUUUAUAAACCUUCAUAUUCUUUUCUCCUUACCUGCUUCAAUGUAUACCAUGACUUCGAAAAACCGUGCCUUUUGCAAUAGGACAGUAGCAGUUUCCUGCCAAAAAAAAAAAAAAAAAAAAAAAAAAAAAAGCUCUGAAACGCGAUUCUCAGUUCAACACAACCCAGGCUGGGCACCUUUCUCUUCUGUUCUCCUGCUAAUCUGAACUUGGGGAGUUUUAUCUUUAAGCGCAGAGAGCGGAGCCUUCCCUCCCCUGCGUGCAGGUUUGCUUUUGGUCUCUGGCAGGAGCUGUGCACGGGCAGCUCGCGUGACGUGGGAGGUAGAGAGAUGAAGAGGUGACGCCGGGGGCAGAGCGGGCCAAAUAUUCCAAGACAAAAUACAGUAUUGGGUCGUGCUCGGAGUCAGGGUAAGAGCUACCAGGAGGAAAGGAGAUUUGGUGUUGCUGUCAUUGACAACGUUUGGUUGUAUCUAGCCUGUAGCCCUCCGUCCUAGAGGAGGAUUUGCUCCCUGGGAAGACACCAGCCACGAGCCGUUCGUUCCUACCUGCCUUCGGCCCUAGGAGGAACCAAUCUGGGGCUUCACACUUCUCUACCUGCGUCUUUAUGUUCCUCCUCCUCCUGUGUGUCUCGGGUGCGGGGACUUCGUUUCUGGUUUAAGACGUGAGGGUCUGAGGGGAAGGCGUUUCUCCCGUUUUAGAAAGUACCAGAAACCUCUUUCUGCCUAUAUAAUCAAAAAUUCCCGCGGCCUGAGGACCGGGUUCCCUUUCUGGGUGCCUGUCUCUCGUGGAGGAGCUCUCCCUUUUACCUGAAAGCGGGCCGGGAGGGGUUGUGGGCAGCUAGAAAGCAGUCCAGCGGGCCGGGAGAAGGAGCAGCCUUACCUCGGGUCGGCGUUGGUGAGGGGGGAGGCGGAGAGCCGAAAUCUCACACCGGAGCCAGGGGCCCGGGCUGGCUCUCCGCUCCCUGAAAACCAGCUUCUUCCUGGGACUUCUCCCCUGGCAGCGAGAGGUGUUGUAGGUGCUCCCCACACACAAGUGCCAAUGUUUAUAAGGAUCUUGCUGCACCUCCUCUCUGCUUUCUCCCCCUCCUCUUCCAUCACGUUUCACCGCCUCCCCGAUCCCCCUCCUGCCUUAGUCAGCUCUGCCUUUUUUUUUUUUUUUUUUUAAUUUUUUUUUUUUUUCCUCCAAAGCUUGAAUGUUUUGCACUUGAAUAUAUAAAGUUAAUCUCAGAGCUACAGCAGGCUGUAUCGGGUGUACGGCCUUUUCAGCAAUACGUGCUUCCUCCCACGACCUGCCUCCGUUGCGGCGGAGCGACGCGCUCCCCGAACUGCCCUCCACUGCAGGAGCCCGCGCCGGCUCGGGAGGAGGCCGGAGCAAGAAGAGCUAAACCGCCCCUGCCUUUGUGAUAGCAGAGCAUCUCCAAAGGCCGAGGCAAGGGGGUGGUACCUUGGCGUCGCACCUGAGACGGGGUGGCUACAGAAAAACCAAGCGGUGACGGCGGCCAAGGCUGCCCUGACGUUUCAUGUCCGUCCUUGCGCGUUUAGAAAUCCGGAGUUAGCUACAAAUGACCGCUUGUGCUUAGGAAAAGGCGUCUUCAAGAUGUUUCUGUCUUCGUUCUCUGUUUCUCCACCCCGCUGUCCUGCAAAUGUUUUGUUUUGUUCCCCCCCCCCCCCCAACUCAGUUUUUCUUUGCAUAAAAGCCGGCAAGCUUCGCUACGCCACACAACAGCACCGAAGCCGGAGUCUGUAGAAUUAUUUUAUUAAAACCUCUAAGUUCCCAGAGCGA